AUGGCAGUUAUCAAGAGAAAUCAUAAAGGUAAGAACAAUAGUAAUAAUAACUUAUCGGCUCAAAAUUCUGAAAAAUCAAUUGAAAACAAGUUAGAAUUAGAUGAUGAUAAGAAAUAUAAAACUUUAGCUACAAAAUCAAAUAAUAAUUUUAAAUAUAUUGGUGAAAGAUGGCUAACAAGUCCAUUACCUGCUCCAGAAUGGCAUUAUACUCUAUGGAGAAGUAUCGUAACUUUAGUAGCUUUUAUUGUAAGAUUUUAUAAAAUUUGGUAUCCAAAGGAAGUCGUAUUUGAUGAAGUCCAUUUUGGUAAAUUCGCCUCAUAUUAUUUAGAAAGAACAUAUUUCUUUGACGUUCAUCCACCAUUCGCUAAAAUGUUGAUUGCAUUUAUUGGUUAUUUACGUGGUUAUGAUGGUUCUUUCAAAUUUGAUGAAAUUGGUUAUAGUUAUGAAACAAAUCCAGCUCCUUACUUGGCUUAUCGUUGUUUCAAUGCAUUAUUAGGUACCUUAACUGUUCCAAUUAUGUUUAAUACAUUAAAAGAAAUGAAUUUUAAGGCAGUCACUUGUGCAUUUGCAGGGUUUUUAGUCGCCUUAGAUAAUGCACAUAUUGUAGAAACAAGAUUAAUAUUGCUAGAUGCUACAUUGAUCAUCUCUGUAGCUGCUAGCAUUUACUGUUAUGUUCGCUUCUAUAAAGCUCAAUUAAAGGCACCAUUCUCAUAUUCUUGGUUCUUUUGGCUAUAUUUAACUGGAUUAUCUUUAUCCUUUGUUAUUUCAACAAAAUAUGUUGGUGUUUUUACUUUUGUAAUGGUAGGCAUUGCUGUACUUGUUAAUUUAUGGCAACUAUUAGAUAUUCGUGCUAGUUUGAAUAUGAAAACUUACAUUAAACAUUUCACUAGAAGAGUUUCUGGCUUAAUACUGGCUCCAUUUAUGGUUUAUUUAUUUUGGUUUUGGGUUCACUUCUCUGUUUUAACAAAAUCUGGCCCGGGUGAUUCUUUCAUGUCAUUUGAUUUUCAAGAAACUUUAAGUGACUCUCCAAUGGCUCGUGAAACUAAACAAGUUAAUUAUUAUGAUAUCGUUACCUUUGAGCAUAAAGAUACUAAUACUUUUUUACACUCCCAUCUAGCCAAUUAUCCCCUAAGAUAUGAAGAUGGUAGAAUAUCUUCCCAAGGCCAAAUCGUUACAACUUCUGAUGAUGCUGCUGAUGUUUUUAAUCAAUGGGAAAUUUUACCAACGAAGGAAUUAGAAUCUACCACUGGCCAACCUGUUCGUUUGAAUGAACAUAUUAGAUUAAGACACGUUGCCACAAAUACUUAUUUGUUAGCUCAUGAUGUUGCUUCACCAUUUUAUCCAACAAAUGAAGAAAUUGUUACAGUUUCUGAAGAAGACGCAAAUGAUUCUAAAUAUGCUCAAACUUUAUUUAUGUUACAAGCACUAAAGAAAAAUGAUGGAAAUAGAAUUGUUAAUACAAGAGGUACAGUAUUCCGUCUUUUCCACGUAGAUACUGCUGUUGCUUUAUGGUCACACAACGAUGUGUACUUACCUGAAUGGGCUGGUGAAAAUCAGCAAGAAGUUAAUGGUAAUAAGAAAGUCACUGAGCCAUCUAAUAAUUGGCUUAUCAAUUCAAUUACAAACUUGAAUGAUGACAGAUUGGUUUAUAUCCCAAAGCAAGUUAAGAAAUUACCAUUCCUCACUAAAUGGUGGGAAGCACAGCGUUUAAUGUUUGAACAUAAUAACAAAUUGAGUUCUGAACAUCCAUUCGCAUCUCAACCUUAUUCUUGGCCUGGUUCCCUGAGCGGUGUUUCAUUCUGGACAAAGGAUUCAGAAAGAGUUCAAAUUUACUUUAUUGGUAACAUAUUUGGUUGGUGGGCUGAAAUUAUUUCUUUAGCUGUUUAUCUAGGCCUUAUUAUUGUUGAUUUAAUCUCUAGACAACGUGGGGUCUACAUUUUGAAUGCACUAACUAGAGACAAAAUAUAUGGUCCUUUAAUGUACCUGUUUGCUGGCUGGUGUUUCCAUUACUUCCCAUUCUAUUUAAUGGCUCGUCAGAAAUUUUUACACCAUUACUUGCCUGCUCAUUUGAUUGCUGCACUAUUUACCGGUGCCCUUUGGGAAACCAUAUUCACUGAUUGCAGAAAUGCAAAUCCUGAAGUUGAUGAGGGAGAAGAUAGUGACACUGUUUUUGCCCAGCCAAAAUUAUAUCUGAAAUAUUAUGGAUUCUUCCUAAUAUUAAUGUUGGUCGGAUUAACGGCAUGUUUUAUAUUUUUUGCACCAUUAUCUUACGGUGAUAUUUCGUUAGACUCAGCUGCUCUUAUCAGAAGACAAUGGUUUAAUAUUAAAUUAAAUUAUAUUAAGCAAAGUUGA